CCAACACCUCGAUCGAUCAAGAUGAGGAAUACUAGGUAAAAGCCAAGAAGGGGGGCAAUCAACACAAAGUAGACUGCUACACUGAUGAUCAUAUGGUCCUGACAAUGGUCUACCAACGGGCGCUACCUUCUGAGGCGGCUGGUGUGCGGCGGGAAGCGCUUCAUCUAUUCUGCCGGGCGACGCCGCUGCCGCGAGUCAGAAGGGAUGUGCGAUUGCUCUCAGGACGUCGUCGCUCCGGCGUCCGUCUGUGCGAGGCUACUGUUCUUCUCCGCCCUCCCCUCCCACUCACCACCUGCCCCCUUGCGCUCUCUCCCUGAGAUGUGAAGCCCACGAUGACCACCACCCUCCCACUCACACCCACCAAGCUCGCCGCAAUCCCCGAGGCCCCACACAAUCUACAGGUUCUCAGCUUCAUCGCUGACCAGGGGAACUUCGUUCGCGAAGUCCGACCGCCCUCUCUGAGUCCUAUGAGAAAUACUCAAGAUCGACUCUUCGACAAUGAUCAGGGAGAAGCAUCCGUACAAGGACGACCAGGUUCAAGGUCGGGAUCAUUUCCUCUACCCGCUACCCCGCCCAGCCCGUCCGUCUCGAGGAUGGACCAGCAGCUUAGCAGCAGUCCGAUCUUGAAGGAGCGAGCCGUCAAUCUCCCAUCACACGAGAAGCCCAGACUCUCCGCUUCAGCUCUGAGUGAGAGAUCAGACCUAGACAUAGCCAAGGUCAAAAAGAGGGCGCGAGGUGCUCUGCAGGACAAGAAGGCGGGACUACGAAGAGCGAGCACCAGCAAGGCCAUACCGGAGCCCAUGCUGGAGCUAGAGGAGACAGCCAAGCGUCUCGAACAGCGUAAGAAUCGACGUCGCGAGAAAGCCCUCGUUGUGCAAGAUCGCUCUCGUCCAGUAUCAGCGCGCUUGCGGAGCAGAGCUCGAGCCCAGGACAAGAAGAGCAAAGAGAGUAACAAGGAGAACAUUGUCGAGAACGGUAGGACGACUGUCAGGGGAGUCACUAAAGAAAACAAGAAGCUCAGAGAGGCUGUACUGGCAAUGGAGGCGUAUAAGCCUGUGAGCAGGCUGGGAUCGGGAAGGAUGACAACACUACCUCCGCUCACGGUUCCUGCGUACCUCCAGACGGACGGCCGCGUCAAGCGGGGUCUCUUCUCCAAAGGAGCUGCCUCUGCUCCGGUCAAGGUCAGCGGCAAGGCCAGUGGAAGAGCCAAAAGUGGCAAGACGCACACGAAAGCAGGGCAGCGGGCUUUCUGCGAAACUCGAUUUCUGCAGACUGAGCAAAGUCCAGACUUUGAUACGGACGAGGAUAGCGCAGACCCAGAGAGUCAUGAAACGAGAGGUGACUCACGAAAGCAGAACCGAGAAAGCCGCAUCGAGCCCAAAUCUGCAACCAGCGCUGGAAAGCGCCGACCUCGCAAGAGACUGUCAUCUCAGGUCGACGACGAGUCUGGAGACGAUGGAAGCAAUUUCCUCACACAGGACUCUGCGGAUGAGGAUGAGGUCACCGAUGAUAGGCUUCAGUACCGCUCGAACGAUCAUAAGAAGGCCCGUGACAGCACAGACCUCACAAAGGCAAGACCUCACUACGGACGCAGACGCAAAAGAACAUUGCUCGCCGCUGGCCGACAUCGCAACCUCUUGACAAGUCCCGAUGGCCCAGCCGAGGACGAUGGCUCUUCUGAAGGGAUGAUCGGAGCUGAUGCUGACCGCGCAGGUAGCCAAUUUGGCUCAGAGCAAUCAGGUCUUUCGGAGUAUUCGAAAGUGCGAAGAAAGAAGGCAAAAGCUCAGCAGAAGCACAGUGAGAAGAGCAAAGCUCGUGAGGCCCGUCCCACUGAGGCGGAGGCAGCCCAGCCAAGAGGGAGCAAGAGUCGAAAGGGGAGACAGAGUGACAGCUCUGCUAAUUGCAAGUCACCUGGCCAUAGAGAUCGAGCAGCCACUCCGAAGCAAGCCGACAAAGUCGCAAGGGAGGCCGCAGUGACCCAAGUGCUUCGAGAGCUACCGCCGAACAAGAGGGGCCAGACGGCUGUUGUCAAUGGCUCGGACGACAGCAUCUACUUCGAUGUGCGUGUCAAGCCUGCAAAGACUGGAAGCUCACACAAACGUAAGCUGAUUGGCAAUGCAGUAGACGAGGAAGCCUUGCGAGCCAGUCUCGAGGGCGACUCUUCGCCGCAAGGGCACCAGGCGCGAUACAGGAGAGGCGAGGUGCAGCAGGAGCGCACGGAAGAGCGACACGAGCGCAUUGGCACAGAGAACGCUGCAAGCUAUAGCGCACAAGAGCAAGCGCCUUCAGAGGUGUCGCGCUGGCGGGGCUCGGCUUGGACGUCCCCGAAGGAAGACCGAGGACUGGCAUUGAAUGGCUUGGCCCUGCACAGAGACGACGGAGACCCAGAAGCACCCGCUGCUGACGGCAUGAGCGCAGAUGCGCCGCUAUUCGACAACCAUCAGCAAAACCAAGCUGGCACCAGCCUGCAUACACCUAUUGCACCAGACCCACUGCCGAGCCGCCUCGAUCUAGCUGAUCUGGCCAAUGGCUGGCGACUGCAGCACACCAGGCCUCAACACCACCUCACGAGCACAGUCGACGUGUCGCAUCGUGCUCAUACUUUUGCGGGCUGUAGCGUUGAGGAGAUGGCUCUGCAGAGAUUCUCAUCAGAUCCUAUGACCUCAUUGAAGGGAGUUGCGUCUACCACUACCCAUACGCCACGAGUCUUGACCUCGAGCCCUCAACGCAAUUCCGCUGAACUGAACUCAAUGGGUCUCGGUGCUCUACAAUUGGCGGACGUGCCUCUUGCACACGGACAGUCAGAAGACCACCAGCUGGGCACCAAUCUUGAGGGGCAUGACUCAUCGAGCCCUUCUGAGUCGCGCUCUUACCCAGCUAGCGGACCUUGCACCAUAGAUGAGAAUGAAGAAGAGGCACAAAGUGGUGAAGAAGUAGGCAGUCCUCGACCUUUUACCGCGGCUGCUGCUUCUACGAUCUUCGCUGGUCGCGCGGCAUGGCAAGACAUCAAAGAAGCAGUCGACGAGCGAAAUCGCUCCUUCUCCUCUGACCCCCCACGCGAAGAGCAUGACAACGCCCAGUGGCAGGCAAGUAGCGAUGACGUGCUGUUGUACAGUGCUCCCAGAGCUGCGACGCCGUAUCGCCGGAUGUCACGGCGUCUUCUGAGUCAUCUGGACAGUCAAGAGCUCGUGGAUGACAUGAAGGUGGACGAUACGUUCUGUUCGAUGCGUCCCCCGUCCCAACUCUACCUGGAGAGACGAGACAUCGGAGAGCCAGAGCUUCUGGCGGAGCAAGCCUACAGCGAGGAAGACGUCUUCCAUUCCGCCGAGGACGAAGGUCACGGUGAUGGGAUAGUGUCCGGUCCAAUCUCCCUGUGCAGCAGGCAGGGGAGCGAAUUGGUCGAGUGGCUCACGCCACACAGCUCGCAGCACAGCCAGCCUUUUGCCGUGAUGCUGCAACGGACUCUCGAAAGUACCGCUCCUCAGCUGUUUGAGCCUCCACAGCGCCUGCCCUCGGCCACGACGGCGACACGAUUCACAAGCCGAGGGCCAUUUGGCAGACUGCAGCUAGAGGGCAGGACGAACUCCGGGUCUACAUCUCAUUCUGUCUAUAGCAACAGCUCUUUUGACGACCUGGACUUUUUGUCGAUCCGACCGGGACCGGGGAGAGUAGCAGGCGCUAGCGGUACACAAGCGCCGUUGGUGGUUGGAAGGCUGCCGGACAAGAGGUCAGCAGCACUGACACAGGGCGCACUUUCGAAUCAGACGAGGGAUGACUCUUCCGCCACUUCACAGACCGGCACGGGCACGGGCAUGAUGACACGGUCUGCUCUCCCUCUGCGUGCUGCACAGCAGCAGCAGCAUGUCGGAGCGAAUUUCUGGUCACGACAGCAGGCGCUAGAGACCCAGAGAGACCUCGCCAUCCUCUUUGGCCGAGCAAGUGAAAGUAUCGAGCAGGAGACCCACGGGCCAGGGGCAGGGGCAGGGGCGGCUUCCAGUAGUCUUGAUCCGCUUGAUAUGGACUGGGCUGGGUGA